AUGGCACCUGUGAUGGGGUUAACAUUGUAUUCAUAAAUUGAAAAAUUCUACAGAGUUAUAGUACCAUCGAUCCCCUCCCUGUAUAUAAAGAACAAAAAGCGCUGUGUUUCAUCCCUUCUGCGCCAACAGACACCCUUCAAUCUAGCAGGAGAGUUUCAGAGAUUUCUUCAUCUUCUGUGGAAAAACCCUUGCAUCAUGUUUGCUUCUUGCGUCUUCUACCUUCUCUUCGCCAUUUUCGCUCUGGAUAAUGCUCAAGAUUCUCCUGGGUUAAUGACAUGCCAAAAUUGUACUACUACCUCUUCCUGUGACAAAACUUGUACAUUUAAGGAGAAUGAAGGCUGUUUCAUUCAUAUAGAAGAAAACUCAUUGGGCAGUAAUAAUGGGACAUAUUUUUCCAAAGGAUGUUCAGCCACCGUAAUCACCUCAAACGUGACCACAUUCUACUCUGUCACUGUGGGGAAAGGACACUUUCUCAGGUCCAACUUAACAUUCUGCAAAGAAAACAAUUGCAACUACGGCAAUGCUGCAAUUCCAAAAAACUCUACCCUGAAUGGACUAGAGUGCCCAUCAUGUUUCAAUGAUACGGUUCCUUUCUGCACUGUUGAGACAAUUCCAUGCACAGGACUAGAAACUUAUUGUACCAGUGCAUAUGGAACCCUACAGAAAAAAGAUUCCAAAAAUUUGACUAUGUUUGUUGCGCAAGGCUGUGCCACAGAAUCUGUGAAAGAUGCUCAUGUACCUCUAACUAUCAGCCUAGUGAAUGAGACCUACACUGUUGAUUAUAUGAAGACCUCGAAGGCACCGUCUAUUUCUGUUACCACAACUGCCCCACCUACCACAAGUCCCAGUGGGACCCCGACCCUAAAAAGCAUCUCAUUUGUCCUUUUGCUGGCUGGUCUAUCUUGGAUGCUGCUGGUGAAUGUGGUCUCUUAAACAGGCACAUGCUUCCCGAUGCGUUCCCUGAGAUCUGAACAGACCUCUCUGCUCUGGAUUUCUUCAACUGUAUGAGGUAUCGUUGUAUGUGGACACUUCACACUCCUCCCCAGCCUUCAUUUAAAAUCUAUCUUAUUCUGCAUCAUUCCUAUGGGUAAAAGAAUUUGCUCCAAAUCAUCCACUGAACCUCUUGCAAGUCCAGGUUGUUUUCAUGCAGCAUAGCUUUAUUUGAAAUUUCACGGCUGCAUCCAACAAGUAAUGGCAGUCCAAAGAUCAGCUCUGGUAUCUGUCAUGUUUCCAGGAGAGUAAACAACAACAGUAGCCAGUGGAGACAUACAGUAGCAUCUUGCUUAUCCAACCUUUGCUUAUCCAAUGUUCUGUAUUAUCCAAUGCAGUCUGCCUCCUAUCCGGAUCCACAGCUGUUUCUCUAAGCAGCAACACGCAGUGGGCCAAUGCGCCCAACAACAACACAAGUGCAGCCACAUUCCCAAACAAAUGGCAGACUUGUAAAAUAUUAUGUUUUGGUGCUUGAUUUGUGAAAUCAUAGCAUAAUUUGACGUUUAAUAGGAUUUUUCUUCAUCCCUCCUUUUCCAAUAUUUUCGCUUAUUAUGUCAGAUAAGAUAGAUUCUACUGUAUAUGAUACCUGGCACAGUGCAGGAGGAAAAACUGCUGCAACUGUCAAGCAGACAUGUUAAAGUACAGACACCUGAGAUUUGUAGUUUGGUGAGGCACUUGAGCUUUCUGGAAGAAUUUUAAAUACUUCACAAAACUACAAACCACACAUUCCCAUAGAAGUGAAUAGUGGCUCCUAAAAGGAUUCCAAAGUGCUCCAUUUGGAGAGUAUGAAAAAGACCUAUGUCAGCCUAUGUCAAAGUGAACCUAUUGCUUCCACAUCAGUGGAAGAGUGAAUCUGGUCCAAGUUUGAAUCAGAACUUUAGAAGAACUCCCCAAAGUUCUUACUCUGUCUCCAAAAUAGAUUCAAUUCCUUAAAAUGUUUGCAUUGCAUACAGUUUUAGUUAUUUUGCUUUAAUACACAGUGUAAAUCACUUUGGGAUUAAUAUGAAAGGAAAGUGGGAUUUAAAUAAAACAAUAGGCUCAACAUCUUUAUAGUUCUUUAAAGUUCAGACUCAACUUUUUACAGGUGAAUCGCUCCUCUGACACUGAAGUCACUGGUUGCUACAGUGUAAGAAUUCUGUCCUGUCUAUCCAAGGAAAAUGUUCCAAAUAUUUUUGAUCAUAAUCAUUUAAUAACAACAAACACCAUACUGGUGCUUGAGAAAAUAAUAAUAACAAUAAAAGCUGAAAUCUGGCACCAGACAUUUAGCCACAGUGUCUUGGUUAUGCUUUGUCUUCCAACCUGAUCCUUGAAAACCACCUUAAACCCCAGCUAGCCAUACAGUCAAGGAAAGAGCAUUUUACUAGCCCGAAUAAGUUGUUCUAUUCUAGAGACCAGCACUGACUGUGAGAAAUUCUGGCUUCCAUUGUCCAAAAUAAACUGUUCCUUGAUGCAAAAUACUAUGUGCAUCCAAUAAUCAUCAAUAAACCUUAUUUUGCACUUGUGGCCU